AAUUAUAUGUUUUGAAAACAGGAAUUGCAUUUUUCAUUUUAAUAUUUAAAAUAGGUUACAUUAUUAUCUUUUAGACCAGGCUUGAAUUAAAAAAAACUUAAGUCAUAAAUAUUAAUAUUUUGUAUUAAUCACAGUAAUUUUAUAAAUCUAAUUCGAGUAUAUGCCUAACGGCCGGCGUCAUUCAUGCCUUUGGGUAGUGCCAGAAGAGAAUUUAUCAAAUCGCCAUUGCGUUUCCAUGUUUUGUACUUCGUGUCUACAAGUGCAUUUGUUUCGAUCACCAUUCGACGACCCAAGAUGUCAUCUCUGUAUGCAUUGAUCAUUGAGUGAAUGUGCCGAAUGUACUUAUCAUUUUCCAUUGAGGGUAUCAUUUCAGCUAAUUCUUCCUCUCCGUAUGAUUCAAUGUCAGGUUCCCCAGCAUAAUCAUUGGCAAAGACUUCAUUCGUGAUUACCAGUGUCAGGAAAAGGAAAACCACUCGUCGAACCAGGUUAACCAUUGUGUGUCACAACAAACAGCUCUAAGCGCAUUCAGACGUUUGUGUGUAAUACAGAAUGCA